AGCAGGAGUUUUAAAUAGACAGUGAAGGCAACAUAACCGUCAGUCUUCCGCCUGUGGGAUACAAGCACGCAGCUAGAAAACAUGACUGCUUCUGUUAUUGUCCGAAGGCUAGCGGCUCUGUCAGGGGCUUCGGCCGUGGCAGCUGGAGCAUACGGGGCUCACGGUUUCAAAAACACUGACCCUGAUGAUUACCGCAUAGUGCUUUUUGAAACUGCCAACAAGUACCAUUUCUACCACAGCCUGGCCCUGCUGGGUGCUGCCCACUCUGGCAAACCCGCUGUGGCUGGUACGCUCUUGAUAGCAGGUAUGGGGAUGUUCUGUGGCUCUCUGUACCACCAGGCUUUGACGGGGGACCCUGGCCUACGCAAGGUGGCUCCCAUGGGGGGCGUUGCUAUGAUCGCGGGCUGGCUCGCCAUGGUUCUCUGAACUGCAGAAGCUCACAUCUCCUCCAUGGGGACUGCUAUGCGACACUAAACUGUCAGACUGCUAAUGGAUGAACUGGGGGUUCUGUGAGAGUUGGCUGAGAAGUUGUGCUGAAGUGCUGAGUUAUUACUGUCACCCAUCUAACCACUCCCCUGUGUUAGGUUGUGGGUGUCAGCAGGUGAUAAGGUCACGACAGGAUUAUCACUUUUCACCCAUUGCUGUCUGUUUCUGAUUGGUGCCCUUUGAGUGUUUUGUUUGAGUUAAAAUGGAAAAGCCAGUGAGUACAGUAUGUUGUGUAUUUUGCCACCUCAGCAGUUUGUUGAUGUCAGUUUUGUACUGGAAAAGAAAAUCACUAAUGAGCUAAUGAUUCACAGUGCUGCUGGUGACUGAAUGAUACAGUAAUAUUUCUUUUAUUUCUUUACUUUUACUAUAUUUUCCUGCUACAGUAAAUACACUUUAUACAUAUCUGUAUAUUUAUACAGAAGAGGUGUGGGAAAUGCAGUAAAAUGAUGAAAGGCAUAUGAAGGAUUUAAAGUGAAAUAAAAAAUCUUUCUUACA